GAAGCUGUUGGAAAAGAGAGAGAAGGAGAGAUGACCCUGACGGGGAAGGGAAAGUGUGGGUUUUGCCUUGAACAGUAAUCAUAACCAACCAUGAGAAGAAAAGUGGCAGGAAGACUUAGACUUAGUCCUAACGAAGAAGCUCAGCUGUUGAAAGAAGAACACGAAAGAAGAAGAAAAUUAAGGCUGCAACAGGUCAGGGAACAGGAGCGGAAUAUUGCUUUGCAGAUAAGACAAGAUGUUAAGCAGCGAAGAGAUGAGCACCUGAAGCAGUUGGCCGGAGAACUGGAGGCAGAAUGGCAGAAAACACAGGAUGAGAAGAUUAAAGCUCUGGAAAAUCUAUAUCUGUCAAGUUUAAGAGCUGUAGGAGAAGGGCAUAAAGAAGCAAAGGAAAAUGAGCCUGAUUUGGAGGCCCUGGCAAAGCGAGCAGAAGAAAGGAAAGAAGCGGCUAAAAAGAGGUAUAAAGAAGCCCUGAAAAAACAGAAAAGCCAAAAGGAGAAAUCGCUGAGAGAGCAAACCAGGACAAGGAAAAGUUAAUGAGAGAGCUUGAACAGAUGCAGAAUGUUGACUUGGCCCACAGAAGGCGGUUUGUCGCCCAGAUGCCCCCGCAGCUGUUUGAACCCAGCUAUAGACGUGUGGAAAUCAAAGAAGAAUGGCAGAGGGAGCUGGAGUGUGCCUUCGAAGACAUGUACACUGGAAAUAUGAGAAUGAAGGGAGAUCUUAUUUUGCACCUUGAUCCACAGCCUUUGCCAGCUCUCUCUGAGGCAUCUCAGGAUGAUGAACUAGAACUUUCCCAGGAACCAGAACCUGUGUGUGAAUUGACUCCAAAGUUGGCAAAUGAGAUAGAAAACAAUGAGCCAAGCGGUAGUGAACUGGAGAAGACAUUCCAGCCUCCGGCCAAACUAGCUCUAAAAAAGUUGCUAAACAAGAUACGGAAUCAAAAAGACAAUUGGACGUCAAGAUGUGAUUCGGAGAUUCAAAGUGACAUUGGGACAAUUGAGUCGGGGACCAUUUCUAAUGGAGGAGAAAAAGCGGAUGGAUUAGCAUCUGUGCCUGAACCUGAAUUCAAGCAGGAUCCUACUGCUGAACCUUCUGAAGAGCUUCCAGAAAUACUGGACCAUACCAUUGUGGCUGAAAAUAAACUUAUAAAACAAGCACAAGAGGAAACCACUAAAAUUAGAAAGGAGUUAGAAAGAUUCACACAGGAUCCUCUUCACAUCAAGAGAAAGAAAAAGCAGACAUAUUGGGAACAACUGGGGCACAUUUGUUGGGAUUUCACAGGAUUCCGAGAUCGUUCUUGCCAGAACCUGAGGAUACUUCGACUUCUACCCAGCCUGUUGCUCGUAUUCCAAGUGCCCGAUUCAUUUUACCUGAUGCAGGUGAUGCUCUGGGGCCUUCAGAAACCCUCUUGUCCGAAGCCCUCACACCAGACAAACCUCCAGCUGAAAAGAUUAUUUUGCCAACCUUCUUAAAGCACCGAGAUAUUCCGGGAGAGAAUAGGAUAAACACUGUUCCUAACCAGAGCCGCCGUCUUCCUUUGGAUUCGACUUCUUCCUCACCGCCUCCCGUAACGGCUCAGAUCAAGGGCAUCCAGGAGUCCUCCUCGGCAUCGAAAACAGGACGGGAGGUUUUGCCCAAUUGUUCUGAUAUCGUAGAGUUAAGAGACCACCUGCUGGCUUCCUCCGAGAGCAUAGAAGUUCAGCAGGAGCACUUGAAAGAACUGCAGGAACGACUGGACGAGGAGCGGGAAGCCCUCCUGUUUCGCCAGAAAAUACAGGAGGACGUGCUGCUCCAGAGGCAUGCCCAGCUGAAGCAAAAAAUGGAGCAACAGCAAGAAGCAUUAAAAGACAUUAUUAAACGGGU